AUGGCGAGCGCCCCCGCCCUGUUUCACGAUGUGGAGCAGCGGUUUAUGAAAUUGAGCGAGGCGCUCGAGGCCGCGACCGCCGAGCGCGACGAACUGCGGACCGCGGCGGCCGAGCACGAAAGCGGCCUGGCGAAGCUCACGCUCAGCCUCACGAGCGCCCAGCGCGGCGCGGCGGACGCGGAGGAGCGCCGGGCCGCCGCGGAGCGCGACGCGGCGCGCCUCGACGGCGCGCGGCGGGCGAACGCCGAGCGCGCCGAUCGCGCGGAGCUGCGGGCCGCCGAGCUCGCCGCGGCGUCGGCGGACGCGCAGCGGGCGCUCGCGGACGCGAGGAAGGAGGCGCGAGAGAACACGGAGAAGUGCGCGCGGGCGGAGUCGCAGGCGCGGGCGUCGACGCUCGAGCGGGAGCGGUGGGCGCGGGAGCGCGAGGCCCUCGAGGGCCACGCCGCGUGGCUCAAGGACGAACUGGACCAGCGGUCGCAGGAGCUGCGGGACUCCCGCGGCGAGGCCUCCCGGGCGCUGGCGGCCGCGGAGCGCGCGCGGGACGAGGCGCGGGGCGACGCGGCGUCCAAGGCGCACCUCCUCGAAGCGAGCGAGGAGCGCCGCGCGGCGGCGGAGCGCGCGCAGACGGCCGCCGAGGCGCGCCUGCGGGACGCGCGCGGCGCGGCCGCGCGCGACCGCGCGGCGCUCGAGGCCGACCUGGUGGCCGAGAAGCGAUUGAGCGUGGCCCUGGUCGACGAGGGCGACGCGCACGAGCGCGACGCGCGGAAGCACGCGGAGCGGGCGGCGGCCGCGGCGGAGCGCGAGGCGGCCGCGGCGCGGCGGCUCGAGGAGCAGGUCGCGGCCGUGAAGCGCGAGUGCGACGAUUUGCUGGCCGAGGCGCGGGAGGCCGCCGACGCGCGCCUCGCCGAGGCGCACGCCGACGCGGAGGCGCAGCGGAAGCGCGCCGACGACGCCGAGCGCGCCCUGAGCGAGCCGCGGGGCAGCGACGCCGGCGCGGCGCGCUUCUACCGGCGCGCCGCGGACGCGGAGCGCGCCGCCGAGGCGGCCAAGGCCGAGCUGCGGCGGAACGAGCUCUACCUGGAGCGGGUCGGCCGCGAGAUCGAGAAGAAGGCGUCGGUCUUCGAGCGCGAGGUCGCGGCGCGCAAGGACGCCGUCAAGGCCUACGACGCGCUCGCGCUGAAGCACCACGCGCUGGAGCGGGAGCGCGACGGCGCGCGGGCGGAGCGCGACGCGUGCCGCGCGCGGGCGGCGUCCGCCGAGGCGGAGCGGGAGGCGCUCGAGGCGACGCGGCGCGACCUGGCGGCGCAGGUGCGCGCGCUGCUGAAGGCGGGCCCGAAGAAGGCGCGCAAGAACGAGGCGGGCGGCGACGCGGAGGAGCACCUCGUGGCGUUCGCGGACGUGGACGAGCUGCAGCUGCGGAACGAGCAACUCCUGCGGGUCGUGCGGUCGCUGUCGCAGGACGUCGAAGCGGCCAAGGACCAGGUCGACUCGGGCGUGCUCGAGGCCACGCUCGAGGAGCUCGAGGCGCUCAAGCGGUCGCGCGAGUCGCAGGACGCCAUGGUGCGGGCGCUCGUGGCCGAGCGAGACCAGUUCCGGGACCAGGCGCGCCGGCUGCGCGACCCCGCGUCGGCGGCGGCGGAGCUCGUGCCGGCGCGGCCGCCGUCGUCGAGCGACGCCGUCGUCGAGCUCCGGGCGGACGCCGAGCUGUUUCGGCGGGAGGCGCAGCUCGCCGCGCAGGCCAAGACCAUGGCGCGCGACGCCGAGGAGGCGGCCAAGCGGGACGCGGCCGAGGCGAGGGGCGCGGAGGCGCGGUCGCGGGCGGACCUCGACUUUGAACGGGGGCGCUCGCGGCGGCUCGAAGGUGCCCUGAACGACGCGCGGCGCGGCGAGCAGACGGCCUUAGCGGAUGCGCGGCAAAAGGCGUCGCGCAUCGAGGCGGCGGAGCUGGCCGCGCAAACCGCGGAGGAGGACGCUCGGAGCGCGCGGCGCGCCGCGGCCCUCAGGUCCGAGGAGGCGGCGCGCGCCGACGCGCGGCGCGAGGCCGAGCGCGCGGCGGCCGACAACGCGGCGGCGCGAGUUCGAUCGCUGACGGCGGAGAACGCCAGGCUCGUGGACGCGUUGAGCGGGCUGGAGCGCCUCGAGGCCGCGCUGGGCGCCACGAGGGAGGCCGACGACACGGCGACGUCCGAGCGACUCGCCUCCGCGGAAGCGAGACUGGCGGCGUGCCGCGACGAGCUGGCAGCAGCGCACGAAGCGCACCGCGUCGCGGCGGCGGCGCUCACGGCCGACGCGGCGGCGGCCCGGUCGGAGGCCAAGGAGGCGGACGGCCGGGCGGCGCAAGCGAGAGAGGCCGCCGCCGCGGCCGCCGCCCGGGCCGAGGCCCUCGAGGGCCAGCUCCGAGACGCGAGACCGCGGCCGCCGUCGCCGCGGCCGCUGCUCGAAGAACGGGACGCCGCCAGUCCGGACGAGUUGGCCCUGGCCUCGGUCCUGCGCCAGGACGCGGCGCAGCUGCGCGUCGAGUUGGACGCGGCCGUGGCGUCCCGGGACGCGGAGCGCGGCCACGCGGAGACGUUCCGCCGCAUCGCCGAGAGCCACGAGGCGGCGCUGGCCGAGGCGACGGCGACGGCCGAGGCUCUGCGCGAGACGACGGCGCGCGAGCGCCAGGAGCUGCGCGCCACGAUCGAUAACCUGCGAGAGAAGGAGCGCAACGAGGCCGGCGAGAACGCGCGGCUCGAGGAGCGGCUCGCGGAGGCGAGGGCGGAGCUGGCGACGGCGCGCGAGGCGCGCGACGCGGCGGAGGCGCGGCGGGACGACCUGAUCCGCGCGCGGGACGACGGCGCGCGGCAGCGCGACGCCGCCACGGCGGAGAGCGAGCGGGCGCAGCAGGCCGCGGCGUCGGCGCGCGACGCGUACGAGCGCGAGCUGGGCCUGCACGCGGCGCACGUCCAAGCCCUGAACGCCUCGGUCGCCGCCUGCCGCGCGGCCGUCGCGGAGUGCGAGGGGCUGCGGGGCGCGGCGCCCGCCGCCGCGGCCCCGGCCGCGCGCGGCAUGCGCGCCGACGAGGAGGUCGCCAAGCGGUGCGCGGCGUUGGAACGCCAGAACGAGCUGCUGCACGCGCAAGUGAGCCUCGCGGCGCAGACGGUCGAGCGGCUGCAGCGCCGGCGGGCCGACGGCGCGGCGGCGGACGCGGCGGCGCCGGCGCUCGACGCGGACGCGCGGCUCGCGGAGCUGCGGGAGGUCGUGGUCUUCGUGCGGCGGGAGAAGGAGCUGGCGGAGGCCAAGCUCGCCGUCGAGGCGCGCGGGCGGCGGCGGGACGCGGCGCGCGCGGCGUCGGCGGAGGAGGCGUGCGCGGCGGCGCGCGCCGAGCGCGACGCGCUGCUGCGCGCGCGGGACGGCGCGGCGAACGAGGGGCUGGGCGGGGACGCGGAGCAGCGGCGCCGCGCGGCCGCGCAGCAGCUUUCCUUACUGCGGGAGUCGAACGCGACGCUGCGCGCGGAGGCGUCGGGCCAGCGCGCCGCCGCCGACGGCCUGCGGAACGAACUGCGGCGGCUGCGGGCCGCGGUCGCGGACCCGCGCGACCGGCAGCUCUCGGACCUGCGGGCGCGCGCCGAGGGCGCCGAGAAGGCGCGGCAGGCGGCGGAGCGCGACGCGGCGGCCUGGCGCCGGCGCGUCGACGCGCUCGUCGCCGGCGGCGCGACGCGCGUCGACGCCGACGAGCACCGGAGGGUGGAGGAAGCGCUCCGGAAGGCCGAGGACCAGUGCGGCGACCUGCGGACGCGCGCGUCGCAGGCGGCCGCCGACGCGCGGGACGAGAAGAACCGCUGCAAAGCGCUGGACGCGGCCUGGGCGCGCGACGCGGCGCGCUCGGCCCAGCGCUUCCUGCGGGACAAGCGCGCGGAGGCGCUCAACCGGCGGGCCCUCGACGAGGCGGCGCGGCGGGCGCGGUUGCUGGAGGACCGCGCGUCCGCCGCCGACGCCGCCGCGCGCGCCUUGAGGGACGAGGUCGUGCGCGCCGAGGCGAAAGUCAGGAAAGCGGCGGGCAUGCUGCGCCAGUACAAGGCCCAGACGCAGGCCCUCGAGGGCAAGGUCGCGACGAUGGCGUCGCCCGCGCGCGCGGCGCCCCCCGCCGCCGCGCCGGCGCCGGCGCCGAAGAAGCCGGCCGCCUCCGCGCCGGCGGCUCAGAAAAAGAAGCCGGCCGCGGCGCCGGCGCCGGCGUCGCAGAAGAAGAAGCGCCCCGCCGCCGCCGCGGCCGCGCCGGCCGCGGCGCCGGCGCCGGCGUCGCAGAAGAAGAAGCGCCCCGCCGCCGCCGCCGCCGCGGCGCCGCCGCCCGUCCCGAUGCUCUCGCCGCUCGCGCCGCCCUUCCUGCCGCCGCCGCCCGCCGCCGCGGCGCCCGCGCCCGCGCCGGCCUCGGCGAAGAAGAAGCGCCCGGCGCCCGCGGCCGAGGCGGCGGCCCCGGCGCCGGCGGCCGCCCAGCCCAAGAAGAAGGCGAAGAAGGCGGCCGCCGCGCCGGCCGCCGCGAAGCCCGCCGCCGCCGCCUCGAAGAAGCAGAGCGAGGCCGCCGCGCUCCGCGCCAAGCUCCUCUCGCUCCAGAAGGCGAACGCGGCCGCGAAGCAGAAGAUCGCCGCGGCGCCCGCCGCCGCCGCGCCGGCGGCGGCACCGACACCGGCGCCCGCCGCCGCCGCCGCCGCGACGGCCGAGGCGCGACGGAAGGCGCGGGCGGAGCGGUUCUCUACUGGCGGGGCGCCGGCGCCGGCUCCUCCGGAGGCCGAUGAAUAGAGGGUGUCGCGCCUUCCUCCUCCCCCCUCCUCCCGCGCGCAUUACUUUCCACUUACCAUCUAACUAGCCUACUGGU